GACGAUCCUGAUGGAUUGAUCCAUCCUGCUGCAUUUUCACCAAGACUCUCGAUGCUCUGAUAUUCUCGCACUCUUCUAAAACCUCUCGAUAUCUUGAACUCAAUAACGAUGUCCGCGGACUUAUUUGCAGAGUUUGGGUUCGGUCAGUCACCUCAGAAUCCUCCAAAUGCCCAACAGCGGGAGAGCGCAUCGCAAACAAAUUCCUUGAUCCCAGACUUGGAUUCGUCAGAAGAUGCCCUUCGAUCUGGCUCAUCAGAUCCCUUAGGCUGGUCUCAGUUCCAGACUUCUGAGCUGAAUGCGCACGCGAACAGACCCAGUACUACCAGCAAGCCUAAUAAUAGCAAUACAUCACCGCCUGUUAAUGGCAUUUCACGAGAACAGGAUAGUAAUGUGCUUUUUGAUGCGACCCUGGAAAAAUUUUCGAAUGAAGAUGACGACGAUUGGGGGGAAUUCGAAUCUGCAGAAGUGCCGCCGGUGCAUAGUCAGUUAACAGAGCUCACUCCUGGGCCAGAUAAUAGCACACCUUCUCGUAACGAAGGACCAGGCUCCAGCCAGUCAACGGGGUCCAGGGGACUUUCUGGUGCAGCUGACUUAAUCGAUGCAAUUGAAGAUGAAGUGCCGCCAAGAGAAGACCUACGAAAAAUCACAGCGGAGAGGACAGACCUGAAGUCUUCAACCAAAACUAAAAAUGUUUCAAUACCGCGCUAUGAAGAGUCUACUGAUGAAUUCUUCGAUGAAUGGGGGGAUUUCGUAGGUGGGAAGCUAGCGGAACCAAGUACUGAGAGUGCCAAGAAGAAAGCGCCUUUGGAGGAGUCUGCAUCUGCAGAUAACAAGAAGAAACUGAUUGAAAACAACGACUUGUCUGUUCGGAUAGGAGCGGGCCAGCAUCAGGUUCAGAGCAAAUCUGACGGCCCCAAAUUCCCGGCUAAUGUUCGCCCGACUAAUAUACCUCCACCGUCUGUUUUGAUGCAGCUGUUUCCGCCAUUGUUUGAACAGUUCCAGCAAGAGGCCUCGAGACUAAGAGGAAACCCUCAACAAAAGGAUGCUCUGGGGGAUGUUGCAGCGCAAAUUUGCUGCACAUUGAAAGUGGCAGCACGAAUUAUUGCAGGACGCUCUCUACGAUGGAAAAGAGAUACCAUCUUAAGCCAGAGCAUGAGAAUCGGCCCAGCACGAGCGGGAAAACCUGGAGGGAUGAAGCUUAAUACGGUCAACAAGAGCGAAAACGUGAAAGAGAAACAAGAAGCUCUGGAUGUGUUAGGGUCGUGGCGUGAGCGUGCCGGGUUCUUCAACUCGAUAAUGCUGUCGUCGGGUAAACGCCCUAUUCAGGUCAUCGCAGAGAACGUUCGAGUGAUAACCGCUGGACCUGACAAGGGAGCCUUGAAAGCUCCCCAUGCAUGUGCUUUCUGCGGAUUGAAGCGAGACGAAAGACUCCCAGGUGUGAUUGAUGAAAAUGUCCUGGACAGUUUUGGGGAGUGGUGGACGGAUCAUUGGGGCCAUACGGACUGCAAGCAAUUCUGGGAGAGCAACAUGAAGCUGCUCAGCCACAGAUGAGGUUCAGGAAAACAGAAACCCUUACAUGUACAUAUUAUCAUGAUUGCAUUUUCAGCGAAUCUGUUUCAACUCCAUCGGUUACGUCGUUUGAGAGCGUUCAUGCACGCAGUACAACAUUUAUGUAGUAACCAACCCCUUCGAAGGCAGGGCAGUCAGUGCAAUUUGA